AUGGUCUAUUUUUCUCCUCUGAAAGCUGUUCUUUCCGGGUGUGUCAUUGUUCGAUCAGAAAAUGCAAAAGAUUAUUAACUGGAGGUUGAUGAAACAUAGAAUGCCGCUAUUCGAACGCGUAAACCGAGUGCGUUUGUCCGGGUAGCGACUGUGGAAGAUGUCGUGAACACUGUCAAGUUUUGUGUAAAAAUCGAGUUAAUGGAAAAAUUGGACAUGUGUGUUUGUGCUGCAAAGAACAGUGAUUUCGCAAUGGCUGAUGAUGCUGUGGUUAUUAAUCUUUCUGACAUGAACAGUGUAACAGUGGAUGUGGAAAAGAAGGUUGUUGUGGUGGGUGCUGGUGCAAAAUUGAGUGAUAUCGACAAGGAAACAGUAUGUCAUUCACUGGCAACACCCCUGGGUAGUUAUUCUCAACUGGGUGUGGCAGGGUACACUUUGCUUGGAGGAACAGGUUUCCUGAGCAGAUCCUUUGGCUGUACAGCAGAUAAUUGUUUAGAGUUUGAAUUGGUCACGUCUUCUGGAGAUGUUAUAAGAGCAAGUGAGAAUGAAGAUCCAGAACUAUUUUGGGGAAUGAAAGGUUGUGGAUUCAAUUUUGGGGUCGUUACGUCCUUGAAAUAUCAACUUUAUGACAUUCCAGAGUUUGUCAUCGGAGGAGAUCUUUAUUAUCCCAUGUCUAAAGCAGCAAGCGCUUUCAAGAUUAUCAGAGACUUUGUACGCGAGAAGGAAGAUAAUCGGCUGGCUGUGUAUAUGAUGUUGCAUUUCAAGCGAAGCGGACCGCAAGCUCUCUGUCGCUUCUUGUUCAUUGGUUCCCCUAAGGAGGGAGGGGCUCUACUGAUGGAGCUGACAGACUUAACAAAACCGUUAGUGAACAAAGUGAAGCCUUUACCAUUGGACGAAUUCCAGAAGAGUGGGGACUGGAUGGUGCAGAGAGGAAUCACCUACUACGCACCUAUGGGCAAUUUUGUCGAAGAACUCACCGAUGACGGCAUUGAUAUCAUCUUUGAUGGGGUCAACCAAGCGCCUGAUUCACGCAUCAUCACAGGCAGUAACAUCUACAUAACAAGCCUUGGAGGGAAAAUCAAGGAAAUACCGGCUGAAAGUAGCCCAUACCCCUUCAGACAAGCAGAAUACUGGAUUGGAAUUGUAGCUGGGACACCUGACUCUAACUUCUAUGAAGAUGUGAAAACCUGGGUGGACAGUAUGGACAAUCGACUAUCCAAAUAUGGUAUCUUCCCAUAUGGCCCUGAGGCGGAAGAAGAACAUGAAAGAAUCAGGGCGUUGAAAGUCAAAUACGAUCCCGAAAACGUCUUCCAUCACAACUUAAAUAUCGAUCCAAAAAAAGGGAUUCAAAAGGAUUAACUGUAGCACAGCCUUUUUUCGUUUCCGCACAUAUCGCUGAAUAUAGUGCAGUGACUUAACUAGAAUGACGUUAAUUGUGGCUCUCCAUUAAGAUAGCAUAAUGUGCAGAUAUAGUCUACAGUUUUCGGUGGAUAUUUGUUUCACGUUUGCCAUUUGCCUUCUUGCACUUAAGAGUAUACUUUUAAGAAUAUCGAGAAUCGAUGGACAGUCUCAAAAUAUUGGAUUUCUAGUUACCUUUACUCGACGCGAAAAACAGAAUAAUAUAUCCUUUCACUGAAGGCGUGAAAGAAAAAAUAUGAGUCAGGACAAACUUCUUUUUCAUCAGCCAAACAUUACAACUCUAGUUACUCUCAGUGAUUGCUCGUUCACCAUCGCGGCGUUCAAACUUUGGAAUAGUUAACGCGCAAAUAUUAGCUGUUAUUAACGAUCUACUUAAGGUGGCUCAAUGAAGUUUUAGCCUGAUUACGAUGCGCACGUCGGCGUUGUGUUUUCAUGGAAAAUCUUUGAAGAUCUUCGCUAAAAGAAGACUAUAAGUAUAUAUGCUGUCGAAACGUCGUGAUUCACAUCCGAAGUGACAACAUCGUGAGACAAACGAUUGUAUUCUCUUUUGAAAGUGUUAUUUACCGCGAUGAAAAACCGCAACCUAUUUUACGAGAUCACUAACUGUUACCAGAAUUUAGUAAACAAAGGUUGAACUAGAGAAAUAUUUUUUUAUUCGUCUUGUCACGAGCGUAGGACUGUUGUUAAUAUUCACAUAGAGGUUUCUGUGUUUGAGCUUAAGCGCUGCAAAGGAAGGUGCUCACCAGCGGUAAUUUGGCUUUGAUUUUGAUUUUCUCAAAUACUCUUCGAUGAAAUAUUCCACAGUUUUUACAAUUUGUGACAUUUAUCCUGCCGAUCUUUUGUUUACUUAGAAAAAAAUAGGGGUUAUAAAGGUAUAGUUUCUUCGCUUCUUGCAUAUUUUUUCCUCCUCUAACUUAGCAUGGGUCUCAUGAACUUCUCAUUAAUUAGCGGUAGAUAGAGCACAAAUAUGUUAAACGCUCAAUUAAAUGUUAGGAAAUUCUACAGAAGGAAACACGAUGAAUUCCACUCAAAUAUUUUACGUCUUUCUCUCAAAUCAUUAUGUCAUUAAAUUGGAAUUCGCCAAGAUCGAUUUUUGAGCAUACGCAAACGUUCGAAUCUGUAGCCCUUUCGCAUUCUUUCGCCCAGUGUUUUCUUUUCUGUCGACCCCUUUUUCAGGUGAAGAAGACCCAUGAAUUUAUUAUGGGUAUGUUGCUGAUAAACCCUAGAGUUCAUUACUAGAAACUGCAUUGUUUUGUACACCUUUUGAAAUAACAAUCGUGCGAUCAUAUCGAGCUGCCAGUUUUGUUGACAUUCUCAAAGCCCGCGCUAUGUUCGCAUCCAUAUCUCGCGCGGUUAAAACCCUACGGAGCCUCCUUACAGAGGGAUCUAGCCGCCUCUUGUGUACAGCCCUAACUUUUGUAUACAAUAAUUAUUUUUAUUGAUUCAAUGAUUCACACAAGUACUUCGAACCUUACAGACAAACGGAAGUUUGGGCCCGUGUUCAAGGCAAAAAGGUUUCGUGACAGAUUUACCUCUUUUAAUACCCUUAAAGCCUAUACCAUUUUAUUGGAAUUUUAUAUUUAAUCGACAUUUUAUUUACAAACAUAACCGAUAUACAAACAAAUUAUUUAUAAAAACUUGCU